AUAUAAAACUGAGGCCCUUAUGCACACUGCUAACACCACAAUAGUAAGAACUCCCCAUCAGUUUAUUGUCUAAGGAGCAACAGUCCAUAGAAGUGCAAAUAUAAAGUUCAACGCUGGACCAUUCGUUGAAGAUAAAAGUAUAUCAAACCCAUAUGAAGUUUUACCGUGAGCAGAUUUUAUCCAUUGGGCAAAUAUAAAAAUUCAUCAUGUCGUCUUCUCCAGAAAUACAUACAAGAUUACUCAUUUGCUUCUCUCUCUGAACUCUCUCUACAUUUUCCUGAUUUCUGCUGCCAUUGUCACGAAGAAAUGGAUCUGAGAGAAAGCAUCAUCAACCAAAACGACUACGUUCUGGAGCUGACGAAGCAGCUGCUUCAGACCGAAGGCAAGCAAUCGAACCUCGUGUACUCGCCGCUGUCCAUCCACGUGCUGUUGAGCCUGAUCGCGGCGGGGUCAAAGGGUCCGACUCAGGACCAGCUGCUGUCUUUUCUCAAGUCAAAGUCCACCGACCACCUCAACUCCUUCGCCGCCGAGCUCGUCUCUGUGAUCUUCUCCGAUGUGUCCCCUAGCGGCGGCCCCCAGCUGUCGUUUGCGAAUGGUGGUUGGGUGGACAUGCGUCUCCCUCUGAAGCCAUCUUUCAAGCAGGUGGUGGAAACUUCUUACACGGCCGCUCUCGCUCAAGUCGAUUUUCAGACCAAUGCUGCUCAAGUGGCCUCGGGAGUGAAUUCAUGGGCUGAAAGGGAGACGAGAGGCCUUAUCAAGGAGGUACUUCCUCCCGGGUCAGUUGACAGCUCAACCAGGCUCAUCUUUGCAAAUGCAUUAUACUUCAAAGGAGCUUGGACUGAAAAGUUUGAUGCCUCACAAACUAAAGAGCAUGACUUCCACCUUCUCGAUGGGAGCACAGUUCAGGUGCCAUUCAUGACCAGCAGGAAGAAACAGUAUGUAAGAUCCUUCAAUGGUUUCUCAGUCUUAGGGCUUCAUUACAAGCAAGGUGAAGACAAGCGAUGUUUCUCCAUGCACAUCUUUCUUCCAGAGGCGAAAGAUGGGCUGCCAGCUUUGGUUGAGAAACUUGGUUCUGAGUCCGGGUUUUUGGAUCGCCAUCUUCCCAAGCAAAAAUUUGCAGUGGGUGAUUUCAGGAUUCCAAAGUUUAAGAUUUCAUUUGGAUUUGAAGCUUCAAAUGUCCUUAAAGGUCUGGGCUUGGUGCUGCCAUUCGGUGGUGGAGGAGGUUUGACUGAGAUGGUGGACUCGCCUGAGGGUAAGAACUUAUACGUUUCCCGCAUAUUCCAUAAGUCGUUCAUCGAAGUGAACGAAGAAGGCACGGAAGCCGCAGCUGCUUCCGCCGUUGUUAAAACUAUUUCGUGUCUGCCGAGGACGGUUGACUUUGUGGCUGAUCGUCCAUUCCUCUUCUUGGUCAAGGAAGAAUCGACCGGAGCCGUGCUGUUCAUCGGCCAUGUACUCAAUCCUCUUGCAGGCUGAACGCUGCCUAUUUGUAUCAUCUGUUUAAUAGAGACGAAAUCCACAUGCACUGGCGGGUCUUACCUUUAUUAAAUAGAUGGUAUAAAUAAGUGUUAAGUGUAGCAAUCAUGUAUUAAUAAACAAAAAUGUUACUCUUACCAUCUAGUGGUAUCAUCUCACAAUAAAGAUAAGACCUACAUGUAUUGACGGAUCUUAUCUUUAUUAAAGAGAUGAUACAAAUGAUGGUACAACUAAAUAGUAAGUAUAGCAUUACUCUAAAAUAAAUAAAUGUAUGAUCAUCAUGUUCAUGUCG